UGUGCCACGUGGGCACCGGCCAAUCUGCGGGCAUAAACAACCAUUAAAAUGACACAGUAAAUGAGCAAGCUUGCAAAUCGUUCCUUUCCAUUGUACGUCCAAUCAAAUUGGGGAGUCGCCAUUUGCCCCUCCCGCUCCCUCUGUGAUUGACACUUGUCAAUCAGUCCGAGACCCCUCCCACCCCCGUUGCCCAUCAUACUGAAGCGAGUGCCCCCUCCCUGUCUUCUUCCAUUUCAGGUCUCACCUGUUGUGUCGCCUCCUCACACACUGAUAUGGACUGCGCUGCUUACGAAAUGGACCCCCUGGAGGUCCCCCCGCUCACCCCGACCAGCAAAGAGGUUCUCUGCGAGGCUCUGAGAGCCAGUUUCUCCGGUUUCACCCAGGAGAGGCUCAGCCAUUGCUUCCCGCAAGAUCCCACUUUGUGGUCCGAGUGGGAGGUGAACCACUGGCUGGACUGGUGCCGGGCCGAGUUCGGGUUGCACUCGUUGGGUUCGGACCUGAGGGGCCUGCUGGGUCGAGAGCUGUGCCGACUGGACCGCGUGGCUUUUCUGGGCCUCAUGUCCGACCGCACCGCCGGAGAGAUCCUGUGGGAACACCUGGAGAUCAUGAGACGGGAAAAUGAUGGUGACUGCGAUGGUGCACUACCAGUGUGCACCGUGUCAUCUCCCUGCCAGCCAUCAAGUAACCAAGAGACCGACUCCCAAGCUGAGCUAUCUGGCGGUGGCUCUCUGAUGUGGGUGGGGGGCGUCCACCACUUGGAAGGCAUCGUGGACGUGAGCCGUUGCGGGGACGGCUUCACUUCAGCGCAACCCUACAAAAGCUUCAAGGAGUACGUGGGCAGCAAGGCAGAUGCGGGCUCGGCUGUAAUCCCGGCAGCCAUCCUCGCUGGUUACACUGGAACUGGUCCCAUCCAGCUGUGGCAGUUUUUACUGGAACUGCUGACCGACCCCAGCUGCCGGUCGUGCAUCAGCUGGACCGGAGACGGCUGGGAGUUCAAACUGACCGACCCAGAUGAGGUGGCGCUGCUGUGGGGUCGCCGGAAGCACAAGCCCAAGAUGAACUACGAGAAGCUGAGCCGCGGUCUGCGCUACUACUACGACAAGAACAUCAUCCGCAAGACGGUGGGGAAGCGCUACGUCUACCGCUUUGUCUGCAACCUGCAAGGGCUACUGGGAUACGAGCCCGGCGAGCGGCACGCCAUGUUGGACAUCGGGGCCGCCAACUGAGAAGUGAGGGGGAAAAAAAAGACAACACAAAGAAGUGCGUCGGUGCCGAUAUUUAACUGGGCACAGCAUGACAAUCACUGUGAAUAUGGGGGGCACGAUACCGAGGGGAAUCCAUCCGACGAAAUCCUUCUGGUGUAAAAUUAAGCGGAUGAAGUGUUCUGCAGAGCUCAGCUGCUAGCUGGACUAAUUGAACAUAUAUUCACACUUUCUUCCAUUAACUGCUCCAAAGCCUUCAAGUGUGUGAAACAGACAGGUCAAGCCAUCUAAUGUAGCAUCUGUGGUUCGAGUAUAUGUGUGUUUGUGUGUGUUUGCGCAGCCUCUCAUGUAAUCCAGCAGCGGGUAUUCUCCUCCUGUGGAUUUCCUAAUGAUCUUUUCCAAAAUGGUGCUUUUUGUGGCAUUUAAAACUCAUUCACUGCCAGCCUUCCCAGUUAACAUGGAUAUUUGACUUCUAAAGCCGUUAAUGGCAGUGAAUGUGUUUUAAUGCAAGCAAGCGCACCAUUCGCCGUGUGAUUAUUAUUAUUUUUUUGGAGGUGAUAUUUUUUUGCGUUAAAGGGCCUCCUUCAGACAGCUCGACUUCAAGUCAGGGGUGUCAAACUUAUGAUCACCUUUGGCCACAUCGCACUCAAGGUUGUAACGGUGAAGCCACAUCAUUGUAUAAUAUCCAGCGGUGUGAAGGUACGCCAAAACUCACGGUUUGGUACGUACCUUGGUUUUAGGUUCGUACGUCAGUUCACGUUGGGUACAGUAAGGGCACAAAACGCAAAAGACACUGCUUUUUUUUUUUUGUAAACAGGAAUAAAUUUAAUGACGUUUAAAAUACAUCAACGGUUAAAUCUUUUCUUUUUAGGAAACAGCAAGAUCAGUAGUUUGUCCUCUUUUGGGAACGUGAAACAUCAACAGUUUGUCUUAGAUUCAGCAAAGUGCAACAACAGUAGUUUGUUCUCUCUUUAGGAAAGAGCAACAGCAACAGUUUGUAUUCGUUUUAGUGUGUCAUUGUGCGGUAGACAUUAUUAUGCUACAAAAACACUAAUAGUAACAUUUGUUAUUCGUUUGGCUCAAUGUGAGGAACCUGGGAGAGGAUGUUUAAAUGCUUUUGAAGCAGGACCGCGGGUUUGACACCUGUGCUUUAAGUGACAUUAUACGUAUAGAAUGCCAGAUUUCUAGCAUGAAAUCAGAAGCUGAUUUAAUUUUACAAGUCAGUGAACAAGGUGUUACACAGCCAGUGAGUGUGUCUGGAUUACUUCCGCCACUUUCCCUAAUGGAAGGGGAGAGGUGGCGGGGGGUCUUUGUCCUCAUAACCAAGUGUGAAGUGUGUGUCUAUAUAUAAAAAUUAAAAAAAAAGUCCAAUAUUUGGCAUCGGUGUCAACAGAAGCUGACCAAUCCUGUGCACGAACGCCCCCGGGGUGAAAAGAAAUCACAUAAAUCGAAGAUAACAGUGUCUCACUGUUCACUGAACGGUGCACUCACGGUUCAGGUGUCCACCGAAAAGUCCGUAAAUAAAUCGCUCUUGCGUACAUUGCAUUGUCUAUUGAUUUGAGAAUGAAUGUUUACUAACGGGGAUUUGUCAUACAAAAUCCAAAUGAAAUUAGCAUUCAUAUGCUAACGUGCUCAGUCGCACACUUGCUGGUGCUCACUCUCUCUCACAUGCACGCGUGGUUUAUUAACAUUGUCACAUCAUAUUUACAAUUCAAAAAUGUUUUGCUUUACUCAUGUUUACACACAUUGGGUAAAGGAAAUACAUAUUUGCAAGAAAAAGUAUGUAAACCCUUUAUUAAUAUUUCCUGUAGUUGGAGAUUGGACUUGCACUCCGGUUGAGGUCAGGAUUCUGACAAUUGUUUGUCAGACAAUCUUAAGUUCUUCUGCAAAAUGUCUUCAUAAACUUGGGAAUGUGUUUUUGCAUCCAGGCCCUUUGGUAGAGAAGCAUUCCCAAAGUAUGUUGUGCUUUCCCCGCCCCUCAUCCA